CAGAAGUGGCCGCAGUACAAGGGACUUAGGCCAACCCCACUAGCAGUAAAGAAAAAUAAUGUUGCCGACAGUAUGACCUUGUUUUUGUAGUUCCUCAUUUAUUUCGUGAUCUUGGUUGUUUGUUUUUAGUGUUCGUUGCUGUUUCAUUUGUCUCAGUUUAUAUCUCCCAUCUGAGAGAGAGAGCUGUUCUGUCCGCAUCAGGCUCCGUAGGUUUCCUAUCCUGGAAGAACAUGGCGGCGCCGACAUGGCAGUUCGAAUGGAGCGGUCUACUGCCUGAAGAAUCUCUGGAACAGUUCUGAAGCGAAUCCCACGAAGUGGUUCCUUCAUCUCUGGAAUCAAGUUGAAGUCACAAGGCUUAAGUCCGGAAGUAUGGUGGAUGGUACAGCACUUCCCAGCCCCAUCGAUCGAAGAAAUCAGCCACAGGUUGUGCUGCAUGCGGCCAAGCAUUGUCCUGCAAAAUGAUAGCGUCCAGACUGGCUCUGUGGCCCAUACAGCCCCCUGUCCCGUGAGUAUGGCAAGCCCUUUCCUGGGGUAAAGCAGCCAAGAUCUGUAGCUGACAACUCACCUCCAUCUAAUGCUGAUGUGAAGAAUGGUGGAACUAUACUUCAACCCUCCUGUCUUCAUGUCGUGUCACCUAAUUAGUUAGGCAGGGGAAAUGCGGCAAGUCUAUGCUUUUGUGCUACACUGUAUAGUUUUCUGCAACGGAAGCUAGUGCUAUAUAAAUUGCAGUGUACAAUUAAAAGGAAGUGAAUAUUCAAGAAAUCUUCAUCAGAACAUGCCCUACGCACGGUCAAACAAUCCAUCAGCUAUGGGUUCGCAUAAGAUCAAGCUGAACAUAACCGAAUUACCAACAGAAAUGCUAGUAUUGAUAUUCAAAAACUGUUCCAGUCGUGAAGUGGCAGAACAGUUAAGACUUGUAUGCCGACGGUUUUCACAGGUAGCUGCGCUGGUUCUAAAUUCUGAACUAUCGACCUUGGGGAAAAGGAUUGGCCGCACUAUGGAUGCUGUGGAGGAACGUGUGAACACGACUGAAACUAUGUCACAGUUUCUGACACUCAAUCGAAUUUUUGGUGUUCUUGAAAUGGUGAGGUCACGGUAUCGGCUCCUGAGAGCGGUGACCUGGCGAUACGUGAGUAGCCCCUGCAGUGGCUCUGUGCCCCUAUCCUACUUCUAUGGAGGGCUGCUCUUGGAUGAAUUCCGGCACAUCCUCCGGUUCACCUCCACAUUGUCAGGCAACAUUGACUUUGACAGUGACUACGUCUACCAGAUUUCUGAGUUCUGUACGAGGUUCAUGAACCACUUCAAAGAAAUUACAGAACCACAGUUUAAUACUGAUUAUUCCGUUUCUGGGUCCAAAAUUACUGACCUACUUCACUGCAUAAUGGACAGGGCCAUUUCAACAGGCAGUAACCAACAAGAAGACAGAAUGCAAUAUCAAGGCUCGUUACAAACUGCAGAGGACAUGGUAAACCUGUCUGUGUAAAUGAGAGACUAAGAGUGAGACCACAUGGAGUACAGAGCAGAAACCUGUGUGCUGCUGGCUGCACUGUCUUGUUAUGAUUAACAAUGAUUUUGUCAUGGACCAGACUCAAUUCAAAGUGGAACCCGUGCUUCAGGAAACAGCCGAAUGUCUGACGCAAGCAUCAUACUCAGACUGUCACAAAUUUUCUAGUCAAUUUUUUUUUUCCUAUGGCAGCAUAAACGUAUACGAAUAUGUUGAGUUCUGCGCACUGCAGUGUCGGACUAACGGUCAACAUCCAGAAGACCCUAAUAUGGAUGUUAAUAUAUCUUCAGAUGCAGAUCCUCUACUGCUGCCACAAUUUAUAGAGUCACCACCAUUAGCUUUACACAUUGACAUAGAAAUGAAAUGCCCCAUAGAAUUAGCUCCAAUGCAAUACUUGGAAAAAUGUAAUUUAAACAAUAUUGAGUCGCUAUGUGAUCACAUCAUAGAGCCCAUGGACCCUGCUCUGUUACAAGGAAGCCAGUCAUCAUUUUUUCUUUAAAAUGGAUGUGUGUGGCUCUGGGAUAUCUGAAUUCAUACUGCCCUCCUCAGUUCAGUUCAAGAUAAAAUCAAGUGAUUGACAA